AUUUGCCAAGCCGAGUUGUAUUUGUGAUUUUGUGCUGAAGAAACAAAAUAAAUCGAAUUUUUAUCUAAAAUUAGUAAUCCAGCGAGCAGAUCCGAGAGAGGAUGACAAAAGUUGAAGCAAGUGACAUCGGGAAACAUCCAAAUCUAAUAAAAAAAGCGCAGAACGAGAUGACCGAAGUGGAUGUCUUGGUAUGCGGCAAAUGCCAUAACGUGUAUCACCAUGUCGAGCCAUUCAGCGAACACAAGACAAAACCCUGCAAAGUGGACUCGACGUUGCGCGAUUGUCGCGAAACAAAACCGAAAGUGUGGGCAUUUCUGUUGUGGAAGGCCUCGCAAAUCACCACGAUGCAAACCAACACGAUCAAUUCGUGGAGCCUGUAUCAGAAAUGGAUCGAUUUGGAGGACGAAAUUCGUGAAACGUGGAUUGUAGCGGGCGAAACUAUCCAAUCUUUCGCCAAAAUGGGACAAGGACAGUUGCAGGAGACACCGGUAAAGGUGACAAAGCAUGUGCUGCAGGACGACGAAGCCGACGCCGAUACGCCAAAGACGCGUAAACUCGAGACACAACGCGUACAGCAACAAGUUCAGAUGAGACCCGUGCCCAAAACACUCCCGAAAACGGUGACGCCGACACAACAACGCACGGCGCCGACCCCAUUGUCGCCCGUUCGCACAUUACAACGCCCGGGAAUCACGAUCCGCAAGACAGAAGUUCCCGUCGUGUCACCCAUUAAACACAACGUGAGUGUGCAAAAAACGUUGGGCUCACAAAUUUUCUACGCGAAACACUUUGACACGGACAUCAACAUGCUGAAGGAGUAUCGCGUCGAAAAAAUUCUCGCGAAACGGUUCAAUCCGCGCAAAAAGUUGCACGAAUAUUUGGUCAAGUGGAACAGCGAGGAGCAAUUGGAAGCAAAUACGUGGGAGCCGCAAACACAUUUGGACACUUGUCUCCCCUUGUUGGAGAUUUUCGAGACGCAGUUGGCGAAACAGAAGGAGGCACGCGCUAAAUUGCAACAAGCAGCAUUCGAUCAAAUCAAGGGCAAUCCGAAUGCGCAGUCGACGCCGAGACCGCCGUUGCGACCCACCCAAAGUAACAUCAGUGAUGCCAUGCUGAAGCGCAAAGCACUCGAGAGUGACUAUGACACGACAACGGAGGACGAGAGUCACGAUUCGCCCGGCAUUAAGCGCAUUCGCAGUGAUGGCGGUCGUGUUUUGGUUCGUCGUACCGUCAAUGGAGCCACAAAAUCUCCAGCUGCUGCUGAUGUCGUUCUUACAAGUCCCAAUGAUAAAAAGCAAAGUGGCGUCGUUAAAAAGCCCGGUGCCAAUAUCGUGUCGCCCCGUUCCGAGCCCGCGCAAGUUCGCAUGUUGCGCAAGGGAGAAACUGCCGAAAGUGGCGUUGUUCGCAUCGUUUCGCAAAAAUCUGGCGCCACACAAGUAAUUCGUCAAAGCACCGGCUCAACCAUUGUGCAACGCAACAACAGUCCCGCUGUGCAACGUGUCCUGCAAAAAGCCGCCUCUCAAUCAACUGUCUCGAAGAAAGUCGUAGCGUCGCCGCAAACACGCGCCCCAACCACCGUAGGUCGUACAACGGUGACCCGCAUCACGCGCAGCGACGGUCCCAAAGUAAUCGAACAGAAAGUAAUGACCAAAACGGGCCAGCGAACGCAGGUAACUCGUGUCCCGGCACGCAAACCCAGCAGCGAUGACGAAGACGACGGUUUGCCGGAUCUUUUCCCGAGCGAAGUAAAAGUUCCCGCUCCCGAUAGUCCCGAAAGACCCUUGACGUUGUGUCCGUUGACGGGUAAAGUGCUUGGACGUGCCGAAGGAGAGAAGACUCCACCGCCAGAGGAGGAAAAGGAAGUGAAGGAAGAGAUGAAACAAGAGAUGCAGGAAGGCGAACAAAUGACAGCCGACACGACAAUUCAACAAGUGAUGACGAACGAAGAUGGCAGCCCAUUGCUUGUAACGGGCGAAGAUGGCACAAUUUAUCAAGUUGCCGGCAAAAAUGCCGAGGGACAGACCAUUUUGAUUGCACAAGGCGCCGACGGGGAACAACAAUGCAUGUUUUUGGCAGCGGAUGAGAGUUUAAAUUUGCUCGGAGGAGAAGUAACAGAAGGACAGGCUGUUGUUGAAGAACAAGCACAGGAAGGAGCACCCGUGACACAACAAUUGACCAUCCAAACGGAAGGCGAAGAGGGUCAAAUCACUGCGGAAGUUGUGCAAGCUGAGCUCCCAUCACCUGGUGGCACCCGACGCGUUGUCCUACUUUUACCUGACGGAACUUUCAUGAUGACUGAAGUCAAUGACGAGCAAUACCAGAGUCUUAAUCUGGUGCAGUAAAGCAAAAAAAAAAAAAAUCAGAGAGAAUCAGAUAUUUAUCAAUAAUAUUUUAUCUAGCAGAAAAAAAAUAAUAAUUAAAAAAAUUAAGGAUUAAGUGUACAGAGAAAGAAUUUCCCUGCUUAACUAGAAAACUCAAGAACUUAGACGGUUGCUUUAAAAAAAAUAAUUUCUUAACCAUUUAAAAAAAAAAUCUAUCUAGUUUUUAAGGCACUCUUUUUUAUUAAGAAAUAUUAGAAAUUUAAAACUUACACAAUUAAAUUUAGCGAUGUGUAUAGAUGAUUCUUAAAAUUUAAUUUCAAUUUUUUCUUUCUUUCGUUUAAUUUCUUUUUUUAUGUGAAUGAGGAACAAUUAUCAAAAAAUAUUAUAUCGUACAGAAAUCAUGUUUUCUCAUUUCUUUUCUCAAAACAAAAUUUAUCACUUAGGACAAAUAUUUACAUAUUUAAGAGGAAAUAACAGAAGAU